CAAAUCGCGCUGCAUGAAUUUUUAAAAGUUUUUAUGUAAUUUUCUAUUUACAUGUUUCGGAUGUUUCCUUCUACAGGACGACGGGGGAUUGCAGCGGGCAGGGUAUGAACCCGGGAUCAUCGAGACAAUCGAUCGACAAUCCGAAGUACAUAUCUCACGUUCAGGCAGCCAUCCACUUGUAUUGAUACGAACAUUGGUGGUAUUUCAGAGGAUCUUCAAGACUUAAACAUAACAACUUAUUUUUGCAGCCAAACAUAAUAUUUUAUCUUACAGUUCAUGGAUAUGGAUUUAUCAAGUUUACGACUUUCAUUUAGCAUUUGUCUUAUCAGUAGUUUGAUAUUAAGUGUUUGCAUUCUAAUACUCUUACACGGAGAUGUAACACUUAUGAAGUCAAUGAAGUUUUCUUAUCGAAACAAGACUCGCUUUCAUUUCUAUGAAGACACUUUGCCUGCAAGAGACUCUGCUGAAUUUGCACAGGAAGAUAAAAGAGAUAUUGAAAGUAACUCCACUGUGGGCGAGUACAGCGGCAUAGAUACGGCUACUUACUAUAGAGGCGAAAAUAUUUCAGAUGAUAUUCUCUCCAUGAAACCACCUACAUUUUUAAAGAAUUACAAAAACCCAUGCUGGUACGAACAGAUUGGAAACACAAGCAACCGAACGCUCAAAUGCCUUCCCUAUUUCUACGUCAUAGGAGUUGACAAAUGUGGCACAACUGAUUUUUGGCAUAGACUGACGAAACAUCCUGAUAUAGAGACUCCCGAUGGUGUCCUCAACAAAGAAACCCACUGGUGGUCGUGGCGACGAUUUGGAUUCGAUAUCUGGAUAGAAAAUAAACCUAUAGAACAUUUCGAUUCCUAUCUCAAGUAUUUUGAGCGCCCUGCAAGAGAGAUGGAGAAACGUAGUCAGCUCAAUAACUCACAGCCGUGUUCCCUGAUCACAGGCGAAGGUAGCCCAACUAUGUUUUGGGAUUUCACUGGUUGGGAUAAAAUUCCACAGAAUUCAGGGAGAAGUGCAGAAACUGCUUUGCUUACCCCUGAUUGUAUAAAACAUGUGACCCCGCAGGCCAAGCUCAUCGUCCUAUUUAGGGAGCCCACGAGGAGGGUAUACUCGGAUUACUUGUUUCUAGAUCACUUUAGAAGCUACCACAACACAUCUGUGCAGAGUUUCCACCAGCACGUGCUGAGAGCCAUCGACAUGCUUCGGGCAUGUUUCUCCCGUCAUACAGAACUAUUUUGUCUCUAUAGUAAACAAUUGCACAUGAAUAUCCCGGUACGACUCGUUGUUGGAAUGUAUGACAUUUUCUUGGACAAAUGGUUGAAAGUUUUCCCCACUGAGCAGAUUCUCAUAAUCAGAAAUGAAGAUUAUUCCAAAUUUACUCUAAACUAUCUAAACACUACAUUCAACUUUCUUGGUUUAAAGCCUUUAUCACAGAGCAAACUCGAAGAAGUGGAGAAGUUAUCUCGACAGCACGAAACAAAGAAAGUGAAAGAUUAUGGACAGAUGAUGAACGCAACCAAAGCCAUCUUAGAUAAGUUCUACUUACCAUACAAUCAAAAACUAGCAAAGAGAUUGAACGAUUCUAAAUAUAUGUGGAUAGAUUAA